GAGAGCAUAUUUUCAGAAAUAGCAGACAUAAUUGGUUUUGAAAAGAGUUUUCUAAAUAGGUCCAAACUUGAGUUGGAGUUCUAUCUCAACACGCUAUACGGUGCAUCGAUCCCUGACAGUAUACUGAAUAGUUACACCAUUUCCAUUCGAAAGAAGAAUAUUAAGCAAUGGUUAAAUGAUAUAAAACCUGUAAUGGUUCCAGAAAGCUUAACAAGAAUUGGAUAUUUAACUAAUGAAAUUUUCAAGCAUAUUUCGUAUAAUGAAGAUGAGCAGGGCAUUUCAAAUAUCUAUUCUAUAAUUUUGAAAAUAUUUUACAUUACUGAAUGUCAAGGAGAUGAAAUCAAACACUUACAGGAACUAAAGAAAAAUUUUACGAAGACUAAAAAAAUAACUACUGAUAAUAUCAAAAAAAUAAAAAACUCAUCAUUAACGUCUUAUCGAGAAAUCUUGUCGAAUGAUAUUACAUCUUUGAGAAAAAUAAUACAUAAACAUAAUUUAUCUGAAUCUAACACAGAAUCCUUUUUCAUCUAUAAAAAUGAUCACAAAAUGCAAGUGGAAAUUGAAAUGCUUACAUUAUCAAUUUUGUCUAGCAUAGAGCAUUCCAAUCUUUUUUUGAUUACGACUCAGCUAUCUAACGAAGAGGGUCCUCUAUUAGUUGGCAGAUAUCUAAGGAAUUAUCUAGCUCAUGGAAAUGCUGUUGUGGACGUUUUAAUGGAUUCCACUCAGUCAUUAUUUUUAUUUGCUUUGAAGAUUAUCAAGCAUGAUAUUUAUCGUAAAGGAAAUUUUAAAAUAAAAAUCAUAAAGAAUCUAUCGAAUGCAAAAUCUAUUGUUGAAAAUCAAGAAAGUUUGUUUUGUGCUUUGUCUAACGGCUCCUUAGCUAAUGUGAAACAUUGGAUGAAAGAAGGAGCAGAUAUUUACGGAAGGGAACCUGACAAGAAAACAGCUUUACAUUUUGCUUCAAAAUCUUCUAACAUUAAUAUUAUAAAGUUAUUAAUUGAUCGCGGAUUAAAUCCUAAGACCAAAGAUGUUAAUGAUACAAAUAUUCUUCACAUAGCAACUGCAUCAGGAUGUAAGGAUGCAGUUUCUUAUAUUAUAGAAGAUUUGGAAAUAUCAGUUGAUGAAAAAUUUAAUUAUAAUCAAACAGCUCUUCAUAUUGCUGCAGAAAAUGGGUUUUUUGAUGUCGUUGAAAUUUUACUUCAUCACAAAGCUACAAUCAACGUUGGUCAGUUUCAUGAGACGCCACUGUACAAAGCUGUAAUUAAUGAUAAAGCAAAAACCGCUGACUUAUUACUUCAAAAUGUUCAGGAUAUAAAUUCAAUCCGACAUGCAACAGGAAAGACCUUAUUACAUGUUGCUGCUGACUUGGGACUCAAGAACAUGGUGGAAUAUUUACUCAGUAAGGGAGCAGAUGUUAAUUCUGUAUCUGAUAUACGGGUCACACCAUUGCAUAAAUCUGCUUACGCUGGGCAUGUAGAUAUUGUCACAUUAUUGAUUUCUAAUGGGGCAAUCGUAAAUGCUAAGGAUUCAGCUGACAACAUUCCACUUCAUUUUGCUGCUUUUAAUGGACAGUCAUCGACUGCUGAAGUUUUGCUAAAACAUGGUGCCGAUUUCAAUGCUUUUAACAAAGAAAAACUUUCACCUUUGCAACGAGCCAUUUUGAAUGGACAUUUAAAUGUAUUAAAAUCUUUUAUUGAACACGGAGCAAGUACUGAAGAUCUUGAAAGACGGGGUUUCCCCGUAUUUAAAUAUGCAAUCCGUCAUAAUAACUUAGAACUCAUAAAUAUUUUAAUUGAAAAUGGGAUGUCUAUUAACAUAAGGGAUCCUGAUGGCUGUACUCCUCUUCAUCAAAGCAUAAAAAAUGGUUCGAUAGAUAUUUCUCUGAGAUUGAUUGAAUGUGGAGCCGAUAUUAAUUCAGCAGAUAAAUUCAAUCUUACUCCUUUGAGCCUUUCUAUCAAACUUGGUUAUUUUGAAAUAGUAGAUAAACUGUUAUCCGAACAGGCAAAUAUUCAUUCUGUAGAUUAUAAAGGACAAACUUUAUUGCAUAUGUGUGUUUUAAAUUUUAAAAUUAUGGAUUCUAUGGGUGAGGAAUAUUUUACAGAGACCUACAAUGACUUAGUCUCUAAUCUAAGUAGGUUUGACAUUUUUAAAAAGCUGGUAGAAAGAGGAAUUAGUAUUGAAAGGGAAAAUAUCUUUGGCAGAACUCCUUUGCACUUAGCUUGCAUCUCAGGCUAUGAUGACAUCGUUCGAUAUUUAAUCCCUAAAUUAGUUGACAUUAAUGUGUCCGACAAAAUGGGAUAUACACCCUUACAUCAUGCUGUCAAAAAUAAUAAUCUGAAAGUUAUAGAUAUGCUAUUAGCCAGUAAAGAAUGUCGUUUGGACUUCAGAACGUUUAAAAACGAAACAGCUCUAUGCUUAGCUGCAACCAACAAUUACACUGAAUCAACGCGACUGUUGAUCAAAUAUGGAGCUGAUGUGAAUGAUGGGGAUCCACUUCAUGAAGCUCUUAUGCGGGGAUAUCAGGAUAUGUGUAUAAUUCUUCUAGAAAAAAAAUCAACCAAUAUCGAAAAGCAGUUUAAAGAUAAAUCUAAAACGCUUCUUUGGUACGCCGUGAAUAAAGGUCUAAAACGAGUGGUAUCUUGCGUUUUAGAAAAAAAGAAACUUUCGACGUCAGAUGAUUUAAAUGAACUCUUAUACUUUGCCAUUCAAGGGGGUUACGAUGACAUUGUAACCAUUUUAUUAAAUCAUGGAGCUGAUGUAAAUUUUGUUUUUAAACCAAAUUGUUCCCCUUUGCAUCUAGCAGUGUUUUAUGGACACUCCGAUAUCAUUAAAUUAUUGUUAGCAAGAGGAGCAGAUUUCAAUAAACUGAAUUCCGAUAAUCGAAGACCAGUUGAUUUGGCUGUAUUUCUGGGUCAUUUGGAAUCAGCACAAAUAUUUUUUCAGAAACAAAUUAUAGACAUAAAUGAAAAAAUCCAUGGCGCCUCUACUUUGUUAAAUUUAGCUGCUGAAUGUGGACACCUGGACUUAUUAAAAUUUCUCACAAAUGGUGGUGCCGAUUUAAAUGUAAUUGGAAGUUUCGGCUCAAAGCCCAUACACACAGCCGCUCAAAUGGGACAAUUGCAUAUUGUUAAAUACUUCAUUCAGCGCGAUGAAAAACUGUUGACAGACCGUGGGAGUGCAAAUAUGACUCUUCUUCAUUACGCAGCUUGUGGAGGCCAAACAGCAAUUGUUAAAUAUCUAAUUGAAAAAGGAAUUGAUGUCAAUGAUGAGUGUGACGAUGGAUUCCGACCAAUUCAUUUUGCAAUAAAGUUUAACCAUGAGGAAUUAAUCAAAGUAUUGCUUAACUAUGGUGCUUUUUAUGACUGCAUUAGAUUGUAUCAGAUUGAAAAUAAAGACAUUAAAGGAAUCCUUCUGAUGACAAAAGAACUUUUUCAUUCAGUUAUAUGCAAUAAUAUUUCAAAAGUUAUAUCACUUGUUGAUGAGGGUGCGUGCAUCAAUGCUAAGGAUUCAACAGAUAGUACGGUUUUGCACUAUGCUGCAAGGAGAGGUCACGCUGAAAUUACUCAAAUUUUGGUAAAAAACAACGCAAAUCCUAAUAUAUUCGGUGAAAAGAAUGCAACACCUCUUCAUUAUGCUUCAGUCUAUGGCAGAAUUGAAGUAGUAAUAAUUCUAUUAGAAAAUGGUGCUAUAUAUGAUGCAAUAACAACUGAUAAGAAAACUCCACUUGAUCUAUCAUCAAGCGAAAGUGUCAGUGAUCUAUUAAAACUAAUCGACAGCGCUUUCAAAUCUGUGCAAAAUGCUAAUAUUGAGAUUUUAAAUACCCUUGCAAAAAUAAUGUAUUCCGAUGUAUUAAAAUCGAUUAUGUGUACAAAAAAUAAAAGAGGAAAGACUUUACUGUCUUGUGCUAUUGACAAUGAUUUUCCUGAAAUAAAACAUCUCCAGCAACUAUUUUUCCUUUAUUCUGAGACCUACAAUCAAAUUUAUAAUCAUUUAUUUAUUAAAGAAAAUUUUUAUGAUCAUAUAAGCAAGCAAACAAAAUCGCUGCAGAAAAUUUCUCCAACUCAUGUUUCAGAUAAUCCUGAUUCAUUAGAAACCAAGGAAAAUUCAGCAAUAAUAUUGUAUAAACAGGAGAAAUAUCAAGAAGCACUUGAUAUUUUUCAGGAAAUGCUUCAGAGGAAGAUAAAGAUAUUUGGACUAGGUAACAUUCGCACUCAAAAAACACGAUUUUAUAUUGGUUCCAUUCUCCAUAGAUUAGAUCGAAAUGAGGAAGCAAUAGAAAUUUUAGAAGAUGUUUACUUACAACAAAGCAUUUUAAUAGGAUUAGAUCAUUUUGAGACUUUGAUCACAUUGUGUAGUAUGCCAGUAGUUUUAAAUGAACUUAAACGGUAUGAUGAUGCACUAAAUCAAAAUAGUAUUAUGUUGGAAAAAUUUCUAGAAAUGUUUGGUUUAGAAAACCCUCUGACUAUACACUCUCUGGAAUUACGAGCAGAUAUUUUGACAGAAACGGAUAAGUACGGCGAGGCUCUAUCUUGCUGUAAAUGUGUUUACGAAUACAAAAGAAGAGAGUUAGGGCCUUCUCAUCCAGACACUUUAAUGUCACUUUUUAAAGUAAAGUCUUUGUUAUAUUAUCAAAGUUCAUCUGAUAAAGCUCUCAAUGACUUGCAAGAUUUUUUAAAAAUUCAAGAAAAUGUUUUAGGUCCAAAUCAUCGAUAUACGCUAAUGGCUGAGUAUGAAUUAGCAAAACUGUCAUUCAAAUGUCACAGAUUUAGUGAGGGUUAUAAAAUAGCUAAAAGAUAUGUUGCGAAAUUAAAAGCUAUCUCAGGUGAGAAUGAUUCAAAGGUUUUAAAAAUGGAACAAGACUUAGAAAAAAUGGAAGAUGGGGUUGAUAUAUUCAAUUUACUAACAUCAAAGUAUAAAGCUUCGAAACCAAGCGCAUCACUUAUGCAAGAUAUGUAUCAAUUUGAAACUUUUGAUUCUGAAGGCACAACAUUUCUUCAUUUUGUUGCUAGGGAAGGACACACGUCUUUAGUAAAUUAUGCAUUGCGGGUUGGAUUCAAUGUUAUGGUUGUAACCAAUACAGGAAAUACGGCACUACAUGUAGCAGCGUCCGAAGGUCAUACUGAAAUUAUCGAGUUACUUCUCAUGCAUGUUAAAGAAACUAACUUCAAACAAUUAACUGCUUUUAUAAAUGCUAGAACAAGAAAUAGUAGAAAUUCUGCAUUACAUGCAGCUGCAGAUGUUGAAACUGUCAAGACUUUGCUCAUGUACGGUGCCAUCUAUAACAUACGAAAUAAAGAUGGUAAAACACCAAAAGAAUGCGCAACGGUAGACAGCAUCUCUGAUUUUCUUCAACUAAUUGAGGAAUUUUUCAUUGGUGCCUUGAUUGGAGAUGGCAAAAUAACAUCUAAAUUCAAAAAACUCUGUCCAACAGAUAAAUUAGCAGUUUUAAAUGCAAGAAACGAAUUACAUCACACAAUUCUGCAAGUUGCUGAGAAUUAUGGGUAUAAAGAAAUUAUUAAAACCAUUGAACUUCAACUGCAAUUAGAAAUUUUUUUUUCGAAAAUAGUUAAAACUUUAAUGCUUCCCAAAUGCUAAUGUUGGUAAAUUGUACUCUAUACAACAAUAUACUUUAUGGUACAUUAAGAGUGCCUCCGAAGCAAUGGGAUGAGGGAAUUUGAAUAAAUUUGAUAUUUUUACCUUAAAAUAACUGUGUAAUAAACCAUAAAAUAGACCAUGUUAGUUUUAGAUAAGGACUUUUUACAACUAAAAUAUAAAAUAAUGAAAUAAGAGUAAAUUUUUGUCUAAAUAUGCUUAAUAAAUAUAUUUUUGUAAUGAUUCUUAUAAUGCAUGCAGCAUAUUUUGCAUCUAGACCAACUCAUAUCUUAUAUUUUUUGUAUAAAUGGUUUUUCAAAGUUGAAGCUCCAUUUCAAAAUAUGUAAUGGUUUUACGAGUGAGGUUUUACUAGUAUCCAAUCUGGUUAUUUUUAUGAUUUUUAAGAAAGAGUUUUCUUUUUAACUGUCAAAGUGGAAUAACAAUUGGAGAGCCUAGUUGAAUAGAUGUAGCGUUAUAUAUAUUUGGUAAAUAAAUUCAUGAAGCGAUUCUUAUAAUGCUUGUAGCAGGUUUUGCCUCUGGAUCAAUUCAUAUUUUAUAUUUUUUGUAUAAAUGACUAGAAAAGUAAAAGCUCCUACUUAAAAUAUGUAAUAUUUUUACUGGUGAAUAAUUCUAUCCAAUCUGGUUAUUUUUAAGAAAGAGUUUUCUUUUUAACUGUCAAAGUGGAAUAACAAUUGGAGAGCCUAGGUGAAUAGAUUAAGCGUUUAAGUGCAUUUUCAAAGUGGAGUGAGAAGAAAAUAUGGUAUCCAAACUAUUUUGCUAUAGAAUUAUUAGAAGGUGGGCUAAUACUUUUGUGCCUUAUUUAAAUUACCACCACCUAAUUUAAAAAUAAACUUAUGCAAUCACACUCCCAAAACCAAUGUUUAUUUAUGUUAUAAUUAAAAUUGGAAAGUAAAAUCGAAUCUGUUACAAAUAGAAAACCCACAGUGAUUCGACCAAUUUAAAUUAUUUCUCUUGUUCAAUUUAUAUCUUUCUAUAAAUGCUCCUAUAAAUGUCACUUACUCGCGUCAUCGACUCAUCUUUUCUAUUAAAUUCUCAAUUGCAAGCAGUAUUAUUUAAUGUUGGACUGCAGUUAGCAAAAAUAAUCGAUUGUUUAUCAAUUAUUUACCUGUUUAUUGUUAUUAUAUUAUUAUUAUCUACCUAUUUGCCACUUAGUGUUUACAACAAAGUAUAUGCUUUAAUCCUUGCUACUAAAACCAACAAUAAUACUGCCAAAUAACAUUUGUAAAAAAAAAAUAAUAUUUCAUAUUUUUCUCUUUUUUUGGAGACCAGCGGUUUCUGAAUAUUGUUCCUCGAAACCCAAAGGUUCCCGAAAUUAAAUUUUUUUUAACCAGUUACGAUUUUUGAAACCUGUAAUUUAAAUUAUGUCCAAUUAAUAGUUUAUUAUUUAAUUAAUGUUUGCGCACUUUAUAUGAAACUUUUUAAUUGAAAUGUUU